AUCAAAAAAAAAGGGCCAAGCAAAAAUCUGUUUUCGAAGAAUCCCGAGAUAUCCCUUCAACGCAAUUGCGUGUAAAAUAACGUAGAAGCUUCCGUGGCAAGAAAUCUCCCCAAUAAUUAUAUCUUUUCGCUUUAGCCAAAUCACCAUCGUUUGUCUCGUUGAGUCGUUGUUCUCUCUCAAACCCAGAAGAGCACAUUUCUUUCAAGGAAUCAGAGAUCCUUCUUGCAAAGGAUUUUGGACUUGUGGUGGGUGCUUGACGUGUACGGAAUUAAAAUGUUGGGGGAUCUCAUAACCAGAGUUCUUGUGCUGAUUCUUGGUUAUGCAUAUCCUGCCCUUGAGUGUUACAAAACAGUGGAGAAGAACAGGGUCGACAUCGAAGAACUUCGAUUUUGGUGUCAAUAUUGGAUCCUUGUGGCAAUUGUAACAGUUCUUGAGAGGGUUGCGGACAUAUUCAUUUCAUGGCUGCCCAUGUAUGGUGAGCUGAAGCUGGCCUUUUUCAUCUACCUAUGGUAUCCAAAAACCAAGGGAACCGGCUAUGUGUAUGAUACCAUGUUGAAGCCUUACGUGGCGAUGCACGAACCGGACAUCGACCACAAGUUGCUGGAGUGGAGAGCAAGAGCCUGGGAUUUGGCCGUUUUCUAUUGGCAAAACUGCACAGAAUUGGGGCAGACGGCAUUCCUCCAGGUCCUGGAGAAAUUUGCUGCUCAGACUGGAAGGUUUAGGAACGUUGGACAUGAGAGAACCAAUCACAAUCAUCACGAUUCGGGCACGUCCCCGCCGCCCCCAAACGGUCCGCCGCCCAAGCAAGACAGUCAGUCAGACAAGAGCAACAACAAGUGGCCUCCGGCUCCGAGCGCCCCUCCACUUCCCGGUAGCACAAUCAACCGCUUCAUGGCCGAGCCGCCAAAAUCCGAGGCCCACCUCCACAACCAAGCGGAGUACGAAUUCCCGGACGACUCGGACCCCGGCACACCAGCUUCCCCGGAAACCCACCGGAACCAAAAGUUCAACCUAAAGUUUAGGCGCGCCCCAAGACCACACUAUUGAUCAGAAUUGUACAAAUACCAAAGAAUUCAUUCAUUUCAUUCUUUUGCUCUGAUGCUUGUAAUACACAUCUCUCCUUUUCUACUAUUCGAACAUUGUAAAUUUUAAAGGCUAGAAAAAGUGAAACCUAUUCUGUCAAA